UGGCUAUUAAUGUAAAAAAGAACAUGAAAAGUAGAAAAACAGCUCACGUAAGCCUACAGCUAGAAUUCCAUUAAGGGAUAUUACAAAUGCUAAGACUGUCUGAUUGUCUGAUUAUCAACCAAGUAUAACGUCAAACAGCAAACGCUUAAAGCCAAACUAUAAAGUAAAUGUCAUGUUUGUUAUUGUUUAUUAUGUUGUUUGACGAAGAGUUUGUUUACAGUUGUGAGCACUAUCGUUGCUGUAUAACUAAACUCAAUGAUCAUUGUGUUUUAUCAAUGCUUUACACUUAGAAACCCAAUAUUUCGUAAAACAAAUUUCCGUAAUUUAAUAAUGAGCAACAACGUUUUUGAGAAAAUGUGUCGUUUGUGUAUGUCCCAGAAAGACAAAUUGUUUCCUAUUUUUGGAUGGGACAGUGACCAUAAAAAUCCCGUGCAGAUUUCAGAUAGAAUCAUGAUGUGCGCUUCUGUAAUGGUAGCUGAAGGCGACGGCCUCCCGGCGCAGAUCUGCGACGGCUGCUGCCUCCAGCUGGACAGCUCGUACGACUUCAGGAAGAGGUGCGAGCACUCUGACGUGACGCUUCGGGAACUCAUCUCCAAGUGCAGUUCCUUCGACUUGGAGUAUGUGAGAGUGUUGGUGGUGCAGGCGGAUGACGUGAAAGAUCUGAAGGACAUUCUUCACGUCAGCCUGGUGGAAGAGGUGAAGUUGGAGCCGUGCAGCUCCGACCCCCAGGAGCUGAGCGCAAGCGACCAGGCAAGCGAUGCUGCAGACACUCCGGACGCCAUAGCGCCGCAGGAGCCAGCCAGGCCGAGGACGAAGGGCGUGCGGCGAGGGCGUGCCGGCUCGCGCCCGCACCAGUGUGCCGAGUGCCAGAAAACAUUCACUCAAGCCGGGGACCUGCAGAUCCACCGCCGCAUCCACUCGGGCGAGCGCCCCUACGUCUGCGACACCUGCGGCAAGCGCUUCCCCUCGUCGUCGAACCUGGCGCGCCACAAGCGCAUCCACACGGGGGAGAAGCCCUUCGCCUGCUCGGUGUGUGACAAGAGCUUCACCGUGCGCAGUGCCCUCAAGGAACACCACAACGUGCACUCGGGCGACAAACGCUUUCUCUGCAAGGUGUGUGGGAAGAGCUUCGCGCAGCAGGGGAACCUCAAGAUCCACGAAAUGCUGCACACGGGCGCGAAGCCUCACGUGUGCUGUGUGUGCGGCCGCAGGUUCGCGCUGCGCGGCAACCUCAAGGACCACCUCAACAUCCACUCGUGCGAGAAGCCGUUCAGCUGCUCGACGUGCGGGAAGGCCUUCACCCAGCGCUCCACGCUCAAGGAGCACCUCAAGGUCCACAGCGGAGAGAAACCAUUCCUGUGCCCGCUGUGCUCCAAGGCCUUCGCGUACCGCAAGACGCUCAAGAUCCACAUGAACAUCCACACAGGGGCGAAGCCCCACGCGUGCCAGACCUGCUCCAAGUGCUUCUCCGAGCGCAGCCACCUUAAACGGCACAUGAAGCUGCACAACGGCCUCUGAGCGCUCCUUGGCCCUGGGUUCCCGUCUCCUCGGGAGGCGUGGUUGCAUCUGUCAGCGGGAUCUGACUCUCCCGGAUCCCCACCGGAUGUGGAACAAUUAGUGCCCGAUUAUUUAAACAAGUCAGACUCCCAACACCUGCACCGUUGCUGGACUUCUGUGCGAUUGGAUUGUAGUUCUUGACAUACUGAGGUUUUUUUCAGCCUGUGACAAGUGGGUAUAAAAAAUGUUUGAAUCACAUUCAUCCAGUCAAGACUGAAUUUGGUUUUUCACGAGGACAGAUGUCAAUGAACAAUGACUAAGAUUCAUGUGAACACAGAAAUCCUUAGAUAUUACCGGUUUUGUAACAAUGCGAAACCUGUAACGUGGGAAAUUUUUCAGAUAAUUCGUGGAGUGCCUGGGACUGUGAGUGUUUGACUUUUUUCAUCCGUGUCCCUUUGGCAGCAGAUAACUAGAUCUCAACUUCAAAAUACAUUUUAAGCCAGUCGUGUGCUUGCAAAUUACUGUACAGUAUUUAAGUAUUAAUGAAAUGUACAAAAUUAAAAAAAAAAAAAACUUUGAUUGAAAA